CUCUCUCUCUCUCUCUCUCUCUCUCUCUCCGUCUACCCUGAGGACGGCGCCUCACCGUUUCUCCCCCAAACACGGAGCCUGCUCCCUCUCCCUCUCCCUAACAGCCUGAGCCCAAGCGAUAGCGACGUCCGAGCCUUAGGCCGAGAAGCUCUCAACGUCGAUCCAGCAUCCAACCGGUGACCAGUGGCAGAUCCAGCCACCAACUGCUUAUCGGAGGUGGUGGGGGCGUGGAUCUAGUCAACAACAGUGGUGGGGGCGCAGAUCCAAUACCAACAAGCAGAUCUGGCCAUCAGCGAUUGCGGACGUACGUGAAUUCAGCCACGAGCGAGCAGAUCCGGUCACCACAGCUAGCGGCGCAAGGGUGGGUCGCGUUUCUAGCCACGAGCGACUGGAUCUAGACACCAGCUAGCUCCAAGCGCAAGGCUUCAAGGGCGGUGCAAGAGCAGGAGCAAGGGUAGAUCCACCCACGAGUGAGCUGAUCCCAUCACCAGAGCUGACGGUGCAGGGAAGGUGGUGUUUCUAGCCACGAGUGAGCGGAUCUGGUUACCAAAGCAAGCUCCUCCCAGCAGAAGUGUGCAAGGUAGCACAAGGGUGGGUGCUAGGGCAUGGAUCUGGGCACGAGCUAGCGGAUCUGGUCACCAGAGCCAGCCACAAGCAAGCAGAUCUGGCCACCGGCGGCGCAAGAGUGGUUGGCGGCUCCCUGUGGCGUGCACUGGGUGGAUCUAGGCACCUGGCUUGGUGGGCCACUAGACUUGGCGGACCUGUUGCCCACCUCGGGAAAACUAUUUUGCCCACCUGGGAUAAGUUUUCUGUAGUAGUGCUAGUGACUCCAUGGCUUCAAAUUCAGCUGAAGUUGAUUCAGAUGCGACCAUCUCUGACACGUAUUCAUCUGAUGUCCCGGUUGAUGAAAUACCUCCUCCUGUGCUAGAUGCACAAGAAGAAGAGGUUGCAGUGGAACUAGAGAACAAAGAGGUUGAGGUUCCCCAAGUUGAUUCAGAUGCGACCAUCUCCAACAUGAGUUCAUCUGAUGUCCCGGUUGACAAAAUACCUCCUCCUGUGCUAGAAGCGCAAGAAGAAGAGGUUGGAAUGGAGCAACGGAACAAAGAGGUUGAGCUUCCCGAUUGGUUGAAGAAGCUUACUGGUGACCAAGAGCAGCACGACUGGAAAGCCUUUGCUCAGAAAAGAAAGAAUAGUGGGCAUAUUGAUAGGACUUACAUUCACAAGGACUACUGCCACAAGUUCCGUUCCAAACCUGAUGUUGAACUGUUUGUGGAAUCUAAAGGGUUCGAAACAGGCAUAUUUAAAGGAACAAAGCUACGAAAGAAGAAGAUAGCUGGUAUGGAUGCUCAAGAUGCUGGAACAAGUAAAUCUUCUAGAAGAAGAGCGUCUGGCAACCAUGCUAGACCAAAACGUUCGCUUGGCCCAAGUCGUUCAAUGGAUGUUGAAGAGAUGGCUCGUGGUUUUCCUUAGAUUCUUAAUAUAUCAACUUUCUGGAGAAUAAAUAACGGUAUUUGGUCACCAUGUAGUGCCAUAUUUUCUGUGAGAAGAAGCUCAACAAUAGGACCAAACACUCCGUGUUUGUAUGUUUGUGAUCCCUA